AUGCAGGUCGGAGUGAAAUGUCUCCGUCAUGUGCUUUUGAUAUAUAUCCCGAUUCAUAAUUUACUGAUUCGAGCCAAAGUGCUCUUAGUAAAAAAAGGUCGGCAACAACGAUACAGGGAACAGAACCGUGAAGAACUAAAACAACUUGAAGCAGAAAGAAGGAAAAGUAAACAAAAUGUACCUUUCCAACCUACGACAAGCUGUUCAGAUUUUAAUAGUACAGAACACGUACCGCAUAACGAAAAUUCCAGUGAAAAGUAA